GCGCGGGGCGCACCGGAGCCAGCGGAGCGCAGCGGAGCGGAGCCGCCGCCACCGAACCCUCCCCCGCCGCCGCCGCCGCCGCCCUGCUCCCCCCCACCGGCACCAUUCCCACCCCCGGGCGACAGCGCGCCCCGGCCGGGCGGCGGCUCAGCCUGGGCCGGAAAACUUUGCUGGCGGCCGCGGCGGGGGUGGUGAUGGUGCUGGUGCUGGUGGUGCUCAUCCCGGUGCUGGUGAGCUCCGCCGGGACCGACGGCCGCUAUGAGAUGCUGGGGACCUGCCGCAUGGUCUGCGAGCCCUACGGCCCAGCCGCCCCCCCGCAACCGGCUGAACGAGGCCCCCUCCCGCCGCCUUCCACCCUGGUGCAAGGUCCUCAAGGCAAACCGGGGCGACCGGGGAAACCGGGACCACCGGGACCGCCGGGAGAACCAGGACCACCGGGACCGGCGGGGGCACGGGGUGAAGCGGGACGACCGGGCCCGCCGGGAUUACCGGGACCGGGGGCUACGGGCGCGGUGAGCGCAGCCACCUACAGCACGGUGCCGCGAGUCGCCUUCUACGCUGGCCUCAAGAACCCCCACGAGGGCUACGAGGUGCUCAAGUUCGACGACGUGGUCACCAACCUGGGCAACAGCUACGACGCCGCCUCGGGCAAGUUCACCUGCGCCAUCCCCGGCACCUACUUCUUCACCUACCACGUCCUCAUGCGCGGCGGCGACGGCACCAGCAUGUGGGCCGACCUCUGCAAGAACGGCCAGGUCCGGGCCAGCGCCAUCGCCCAGGAUGCUGACCAGAACUACGACUACGCCAGCAACAGCGUCAUCCUGCACCUGGACGCGGGCGACGAGGUCUUCAUCAAGCUGGACGGGGGCAAAGCCCACGGUGGCAACAACAACAAGUACAGCACCUUCUCCGGCUUCAUCAUCUACUCGGACUGAGCCUGGAGCCAUGGCAUCGCCCCCCGGCAUUCCCCAGUGACUGUCCUGGCCCACGGCAUCCUUUUGCUGUGGUUUGGCCCCACAGAAUCCCCCCCUCCCACGGUGUCCCCCCAUGGUAACCUCCGUUGACCACCCAGCCCCACAGCAUCCCCCUGCUACUGUCCAGCCCCACGGCUUCUCCCCACUGCUCUCCAGCCCUAUAGCCUCUCCUUACUACUGACCAGCCCCACAGCUUCCCUCUGCCAUGGUCCAGCCCCACAGUGGUCCAAGCCAUCUGUGGUGCCCCACAACCCCUCUUGCCCAUUAGCUCACCCCACGGCUGCUAAUUCAGGGCUGGGGGGCCACAGGGGUUUGGGGGCCAGCAAGAAGCAGGGGAUCCCCCUGUGCUGCCCCACUGCACACCCAUUCCCUGGCUGCGUGCCCCACUUAGCCCCAUGCUGCCUCCCCACACCCGGGGCGAUGCCGGGGGGGGUCCUGCUGGUGUGUAUGUAUGUACAGGACAUGCAGAUGUCUACGAAGGUGCCCCCCUGUCCCCAGCCCUGUGCACUGGGGGGGCUGCACUGGGGUGGGGGGGACACUCCAUGGUAAAGCAGAGCUGUGACCUCA